GCUCGAUCCGCAUCCGCUCUGAGAGUCCCGUCACCGCCUCGGGUUCCUUAAAACCGAAACCCUCUCUCCCUUCACUCCUUGCUCCCUGGCCGCCGAUCGUCCGGAGAACGAACGCUUCUUUCGGGAGGAGGAAUCCGCAGAUUUGGCUUUGUUUCGAAAGGUAAAUUUGCAGAUCCGUUUUGGUUUCGAUGUAUUGAGCACGGAGUUUGAAACCGUCACCAGGUGUAAAGGAGAAGAAUCUGAAGCCUUUUUCAGGUAUCUCCUCAUUUGGGAAUCGCUAAGAAAAGAAGGAAAAGCAACGAAGCUGACGGCUGUAUUGGGUUUUCUCGUUUCCUUGGAUAUUCUUUUCUACAAAGAUCCAAGUUGAUAAUCCAUUGCCUGUCUCGUAGUUCUGUUGAAGUAGGCUUUGUGUUCUGGCAUAAGAAAGAAUGCCAGAGGUGAGUGAAGGCAUGAAUCGAAAUUCAGCUGAAAAUGUUGCCACUGGGUUCUGGAUCAGGAGGCCUGCUUAUCCGAUAGGUUUAAGAAGAUCCAGAUCAAACAACCUCCAGAAUUUCAUGUCCCCGACUGAUAACAAAGAGAAUAUUCCCCCAACAACUGCAAGGCAUUUGGCUAGGCAAAGGAAGAGUCCGUUGCCGCAUUGGUAUCCUCGAACUCCUCUCCGUGACAUCACAGUCGUUAUCAAUGCCUUGCAGAGGAGAAAAAUGCGUAGUAGAGCAACCAAUGCACAACAGAGGAACUCCAAUCCUGAAGAAUUGUCUAUCGGUGGCCCAGUAGCUGAUGAUGAGCUGAAUGCUUCUGAACAUACUCCUAUCACUCAAGUUCUACCUUUCGAUGUUUCUGAUAACUCUCCAAGUCUUGCAGAUACUCCUAUUAGCCAAAUUCUCCCUUCUGAUGUUUCUGAUACCUCUCCUAGCCCUUCAGAUAGAAGCUUUUCAUCCGUUACUCCUCUUGGAAACGAUAUGACUACCCCAUCUUGUUCCAAUGUCUCCACCACAGAGCAUCCUUCGUGCUCGGAAUCUGUUUCUAGCAAAACAUCAACAGAAGAUCCAAAAUCAGUGGAGUACGAGAAGAAGCUCCAGAAAAUCAUCGAGGAGCUGGAAUUGGUUGUGAAGGAGAAAUUGAAGAUGACACCCAAGAAACCUGUGCAGAAGUCCACACGCAUUCUCAUGUCUAUGAGAUAAAUACAAAGCAUAUUUUUCAUGGUGAAGGGUUAUUGCAGCAUCUCUGCUGCUCAUACCGCCUCUCAUUCUAUCCUCUUGGUUUAGCCAUCUAGAAUCCAUGGUUUAAGCCAGCAUCUCUUCUACCUUUACCAUGGUUCAAGACAGUAUCUCUGCUGUCUAUACGAUGCCAUUCUUUUGCUGGAAGUAAGUGCUAGUUUUAAGACAGUAUCUCUGCUGUCCACAUUCAUUUUGCUACAGUAACCUUUGUAUUGGUUUGGCGAAUGUGAUCCUCUUCUGGCACCUUUUCUGGUACCUGAUAUAACACACUCGAUAAGGCUGAAAAAAAUUGUGAGCAUUGUACAUUUUCCUCAGACAAUAAAGUAGACAAUAUAAUUCGGUACUUCUGAUCUA